GCAAUUGCACAUUCUCCUCACGGGAAGCUGACUCUUUCAGAAAUUUACGACUGGUGCAUUGACAACUUUCCUUACUUCGCUAGACAGAGCAAGCAGUCCGGCUGGCAGAACAGCAUUCGUCACAAUCUUUCGCUCAACAGGAUGUUCGUCAAAGUUCCAAGACCAAUCAAUGAACCUGGAAAGGGGGCGUACUGGGCGCUCGAU